CUGUUUAAAAUGGACAUAUUUAAUUAAUCGUAAAAAAGCUUGUAUAAUAUAAUAUGAUAUAUAAUUAAAUAUUUAAAAAUAUAUAUUUUUACUAAGGGCUAUCAAAAUAGCUGGGGCUCAAUGUUUUUCACAACCUAUACGAGCAGGUCUAAAUCGGGGACUAAUUAACUUACACGAUGACGGGCUAUUACUAAUUUACAAAAACAAAAAAAAAAUAGAUAGGAUACACAAUAAUAAUAUAAUAUUGUUAAUAUUUGUAAUGUGUAUGUUGUAUUAUAUAUUAAUAUUAUAAUUAAUGGGUUAAUUGGUUGAGACUUGAGAGCUCAUCGUUCAGAGGGAUCGUGUGAUUUUUUACGUAGUUAAACUUGAACAGACUUGACAUGCUGUCAUGGAACAAAAACUUAUGUACCUGUGCGAUCUCCAUGACGUCGUUGUAUGACUAAAAUUAAAUCAAUACUUCGGAUGUGCGCCGCGGCCCUGUACCCACAGUUUUCAGUACGUAGCGUAGGUACUGUUAUGUUUUUGUUUUGACUGUCCCCGACUCCCGAGCGCGUAAUAUUAUGGUACGCAAUUAAUAAUGACCGAGUCGUGUAAAUGGCUACUAACGGCGGCGAGGAAGGAAGUCUGUUUGAUUUGGACACAGUGCGGUCAUUACAUAAGACAGUAAUUGCUCUGAGAACGGCUCUUGAGCGGUCGAAAGCGGAGCUCGAGUUGGUGAAGAAAUCUUGUGGCGCCAUGGAUGAUAAAAAGAUUGUGUGUCAAAACUCUGAAGAAACCGAUGAGAUCGAGUUAAUAUUUACAACGGACGACAAUAUGAAUGUGUCGCCUAAUGAAGAUCUUGUAUCUAUAGAUAAUGUUUUGGAAACUGAUAUAUCAAAAUGUGGAGCGAACUCCAAAGAAAUGACAAAUUCUAAAUAUCUCAGUCCAUUACGGCCUAUUUUAAAGGAUAUCACAUUAAAAACACAAGAAGUUGAAGCACAGACAGAUAUUACCGCUUUGCCCCUACAAUGGCGUUCUGAAGGAUUUUUAAUUAAUCAGGCCAAGACUACAUCAACAAACACAACAUUACCAUCAAAAUUUAUUGUACCAGUUGACAAGAAUACACGCAAACAAUGUUUGCGUGUAUCUAAAAAAACUACAGAAUCAAGAAGAGUCAUGUUGUCAGACAUUAAUUUUACAAGUAUGGUGCCAGAGUUAUCAAGGAGUGUUGAUCAUUUGUGUCGGCAACCAGGACCUCUCACUCGUGAACCAUCAAGAUCAAAAUUUCCGCGGAGUCCUGGUUAUUUUUCUGUUGGUUCAUCAUCUUCACGAUAUGAUUUUGGUUCGGUAUUUUCCGUACAUUCGUCAUGUUACCGAUGUCAAGUAAGACCGUCAGUUAUGUCAUUGGAAGCACGACAUAAUGCAUCGUGGUCAUCAGUACCAUCUUCUCCAACUAAAUGCCGGCGAUCAGCAAGUGUUCCAUGUGAACCGUGUGCAUCAUUACAAGAUGUGAAGUACUCAUCUACUGCUACAUUAAAAGCAGAAGAUGAAGUGCCAAAGAAAAUCAAAAACAGAGUAUCAUUUAAAGAAUCAGGGAAAUUGCGUUUGUCAAUGCCAGAUUUAAGAAAAUCAGAAGGAGACUCAACUGAUUCACUUAUAGAAGAAUCUGAAUGUGUUGUUCGCAAUGCUAUAGACUGUCUCAUCACUGGAUGUCCCACAGGUAUCAAGGAAUGUAAAAAGCACAGACGUUAUUCAGAACCGUAUCACAUGAACAUAGAGUGUUGUUCAAUGAAAGUGCAUGGCAAGCCAUAUUUGCCAAAGUCCAUUUACGAUCUUCAAUUGAACGCCUAUGUCAAGGUUAUUACAAGCUUUGGUAAAGUAGUUGGUGGGCGACUGCGAUAUAUAGGUCAUGUAGCAACUAUGACAGAGCCACUAGUAGGAGUACAAUUUGAUCAAAAGAUUGGUGACUGUGAUGGAUCUUUAAAUGGGAUCAGAUAUUUUGAGUGUGGAAUCAAUAACGGACAAUUUGUUCCAUUUCAAAAGAUUGUUAUGGCUUGGAGAGAUAUUUAAACAUAUAACUAAUAUCGAAUAUUCAUAGAAAAAAUGUUAUUUUAUGUAUAACAGUAUUAUUCAAUUAAAUCUUGUUGUGAAUUUACUAUAAUCAAAACAUAUUUAUAUUAUUAUUAGAUAAAUUUAUUGUAAACAUUAAUUAAUAAUUAUUAUAACAUUAUGUUUGAAAUUUAAAAUACUUUAUUAACACAAAUACAAAGAAAGUUCAGAUGAAAAAGAAAAAUAA